AUGGCGGCAGGGCUGCCUCAGUCCCGCUGUGGGCUCUUCCAACACCUGCUCUUCUCCCUCUGGGCCCUGCAGGGUGGUAAGUACCUGGGGAUGUGAGGCCAAGGGCACAUUUGAACACACUGACCUGUUAUUUAAAAACCACUUCCAGGACAGGGCUAGUCCACUGACUGUCUUCCUUUUGUUCAGGGUGUCCACAGUCCCUGGUGAUCAACUAUUAUUCAUUGAUGGAAUAUAAUUUCUCUCUUCUUAGGCCUAGUUACCAGCAACCCUGGAGUGAAAGUGACCCAGCACCCAUCAGUGGUCAGCAAACGGCAGGGUGAGACCCUGGAGCUGAGCUGUGGCGUCAACCAAGUAAACUGGUUUUUCUAUUGGUACCGCCAGCAACCUGGAGAGCCAAAGCUACAAUACUUUGGGACGUUCAGCACCUAUAGUAGCGAUUUAAAGGACGACACAAAAAGUAGCCUCGAUAGUCGGCUGAGUGGCAAACGGAAAGACAAUGAAACAACUUUGUACCUGAAAGACCUCCAGCUUAACGACACAGGGCUGUAUCUCUGUGCUUCAAAGGACACAGUGACUGUAGCAACCUCAGGAGCUGUCACAAAACUGACUACCAAACAAUAUUACACUUCUUCGUGUGCUGCUAAGAAACAUGUCAUCUCUAUAAAUUAGUGGCACAUUUCCCACUACAGUGGUACCUCAGGUUAAGUACUUAAUUCGUUCCAGAGGUCCAUACUUAACCUGAAACUAUUCUUAACCUGAAGCACCACUUUAGCUAAUGGGGCCUCCUGCUGCCGCCACGCCGCCAGAGCACAAUUUCUGUUCUCAUCCUGAAGCAAAGUUCUUAACCUGAAGCACUAUUUCUGGGUUAGCAGAGUCUGUAACCUGAAGCAUAUGUAACCUGAGGUACCACUGUACAAACAGGCAUCGUGUAUAUUCAGGGCCCACAAGGAGCUCUGUUCAAAUAGUCACUGUCUGUGGGUCUGUCAGUCUCUUUCCUUCUCUCUCUCUCUCUCUGACACAAGAACAGCUAACACAAGCAGUCCAAAACCCCUGAUUCAGAGAUCCACCCCGCACAUGUGUGAAUCACAGGGUGCAAUCCUGAUACUUCUGCCUCCCCAACAAUUCAGCUCCUCGCACAGAUCCUUGUUGAUGUUUCUGCUCAUUUUCUUCUUGCUGCAAGAGAGGGUAACUGUAUUGAGAUUCCUGCAUUGCAGGGAGUUGUACCAGACGGCUCUCGGGUUCCCUUCCGACUCUACAAUUCUAUGAUUCUAUCUCUCUGCUCUCAAAUGCAACACUGAGGGUGUGGGUGAGGGUGGGUGGAUGUGUACAGCCAGUAAUGCUACGUGAACUGGCUGUAAGUAAAGAAGCAGGCAAGUGAGGGCAGGCUGAGGGCAGACAGGACACUAUGCCCCAUUCACUCCAAUGGGCCACCGUCCAUGGCUUCUCCCUCUCUGAAGCCCAGAGGAACCAUAAUGCUCCUUUAACAGCUGGAUGAGCAGCAAACAAGCUGCCUUUUUCUGGUAUGGGAGUUUCAAUGAAGGGCAAAGCUUCCUUCGCUUCUUGCCAGUCACAUGCAGAAGUUGAAAGAGCUGGUCACACCUUGAGGGGCAGCCAUAGAUCAUAGUUAUUUAAAUAUAUAAAAACAGUUUUACCAUUAAUGAAUUGGUGUGAAUCAGUGGUUUAAUAGAUGACAUCUUGCUCAUUAUUUGUGCCCAGCUGCCUUUGAAUGGAAGAUAGAAGCUAAAUAAAGAGAAAAGGUCUCCCUUUAAAUCCUCUUCACGAGAGAGAGAGAGAGAGAGAGAGAGAGAGAGGAAACCAGCAGCAUCCGUUUUCCUCCCACCAGCAGUUGCUUCAAGGACGAGAUGGCGGCAGGGCUGCCUCAGUCCCGCUGUGGGCUCUUCCAACACUUGCUCUUCUCCCUCUGGACCCUGCAGGGUGGUAAGUACCUGGGGAUGUGAGGGCAAGCGCACAUUUGGACCCUCAGCUAAUUUUCAGGUGCCACUUCCAAGACAGUUAGUGCCCUUAUUGUCUCCCCUUGCUUCAGGUUGCCUCAGUACCUGAUGAUCAUCUCUCACUGACAAGACAUCAUUUCUCUCCUCCUAGGUCUAGUAACCAGCACCUCUGGAGUGGAAGUGACCCAGCACCCACCACUGGCCAACAAAUGGCAAGGCGAGACCCUGGAGCUGAGCUGCGAUGUCCAUCAAAAUACCUAUCAUUACUACUGGUACCGCCAACUCCCUGGAGAGAUUAAUCUAGAGCACCUUGGGACUGUUUACUCUGCUGCAGACAAAUUGGAGGAGAUUCCAAAAAACGAUCUGAACAGUCGUCUGAGUGGCAAACGGGUUGGCACAAAAGUAUAUUUGUACCUAAAAGGCCUCCAACUUACUGACUCAGGGCAAUAUCUCUGUGCUUCUAGGGACACAGUGAUUGUAGCAGCACCAGGAGCUGUCAUAAAACCAAACAAUAAUACGUCUCUCCAUGUGCUGCUGAGAAACACGUCCUCUCUGUACAUUAGGGACAUUACUUUCCACAUAUUAUUAGCAAGGCAUCUUGUAUACUCAGUGUCCACUGGCCAGCUCUGUACAAUUAAUCUCUCUCUCUCACACACACACACACAGAGAGAGAGAGAGAGAGAGAGAGAGAGAGAGAGAGAACAGUGGUGGAUCAAAUAUCUCAUGUGGAGACCCAUGUGUCUUCAUAUGGCUGAGUGUUACAAUGGACAAUCCUGUUGGUUCUGCCACCCUAACAAACCCUCUCCUGCCUCACACACAUUGUUCUUUAUAAUGCUGCUAAUUUUCUUGCUGGAGCUGAUCAUCUCAGCCCUUAUCUAUCCAACUGAUCCCUGGGCUCAGAAAGUAAAGGCCUCUUGCAGAUCCCAUGUUAGCAGGAGGUCCAUUCCACACCACAGAGGGAUCAGACUUUCCUUGUGAUGGAAGCUCUCUCCUGUUUGAUAUCAGGCAGGUGCCACCUCUGUUGUCUUUUUGGCAGCUUCUAAUGAAAUUCCUUUUUCAGCAAGCCUUUUAAUUAGAGAGGUUUCCCAGUUUCCAUCUGUAUUGGAAUUGCAUCCAGAUGUUUUAUCUCUGGUGUGUUUGCCACCACUUCACAUUUCAGAAGAAAACUCUCAGCAGUUCACAAACGGAACUUUAACAGCAAAAUGUUAAAAGGGGGGGGUCAAGGAAAUUAUUUAUUAUAAAAUGUGAAUACCAACCUUCAUUUGUAGAUCUCAGGGUGGCUCACAGAAAUUACAGCUCAGUUAACUAGAGGAUCCCAUGAAUUGGCAGGACUCUCUUUGCAGCUCUUCAGUCUCAUUCAUGCUGCCCAGCCCAAAUAUCUAUGUUUGGAAAUUUAUUAAGGCUGACUAGGGCUAAUGUGAAUUGUAAUCCUAAAUAUCUGGAAGGCACCCGAUUAAGAAAGACUGCACUAGGUUUUGCCAGUUCUCUCUCUUGAGACACACUGCCUUUUAAAGAGGCGGCUGAUAAAUCCCUGUCUGUUGUGAAUCUGUUUGAGGUACAGGAGUCCUGCCAUGGAGAACUGCAAAAAGGAAGGGGUACCUCUGUGCUUACUUAUAGGAGUGAGGUCCACUGAAUCUAAGGGAACUACCUUCAGAGGGAACAUGACCAGAUUCUAGAGUUUCUGCAAAGUAUUCUACCACUGUGCUAUACAGGGGGUCACUGUGAUGCAAUCUCAGGGAGUGCCUUUACAAAAACCUUCUGCCCUAAGAAAAAUGAAAACUUGGGUUCCUUGAAGGGUCUAGCAAAACAAAAACAAGGAAAAAAGGGGGGCUGGACACAAGGAAGAAGAUAAUUAACCCUUUCCUCCCUGGAAUAAUCCCUGGAGUUUGUGUUGUAUUGCUUAUUAAAACAGGGUUAUAGACACUUAACUCUUUCUUUGCCAGCUGUUUCACUACACAUAUCCUUUGUUUGGUUCCAAAAGGGUGUAACCAGGGAGUUCAGAUGUACUUAACUCCACAUGGAAUCAAGCUGCCAAGCAAGUCCUAUUGAAAUCGGAGCCAGUAGGAUGCAAACAGAAUGGGACUGAGGAAAGCGCCGUCCUCUUAAUGCUUUUGAGUGUCAAGUCAGCUGCAGCGGCUAAAGACACAAGAGUAAGAUCAGUAAAAGUAAAGUUGGCAACUCUACUUGGGGCUUCAAGAGUGCUUCCCGAAUAUAUGCAUUUCUGCACACAUUUACUCAGAAGUAAGUUGUGUUCAGUAGGGCUCACUCUCAGCUAUAAAGAGGUCCUAAGACGCAACUUUAAGUGCAGAUGGACACUCAGCCGAGCGAUCUUUCGAAUGGGAGGCAGAAAGGUUUGAGCAGGGAGCAGAUUCUUGCUGGAGAAGUAAGUUGAGAAGAGACUCCCUCUCCCCUCCCUGCAAGAGAGCGGUGUUCUGCAGCCACGAGCGAAGGAGCAGUUGCUGCACGGCGCCUUCAGGGCUGCGGAAAGAAGGGCGGCUGGCUACUCGGCUGGGCGGAGUGGGACUUGACUGAUCUCCUAGCAGAAAUAGAAGGGAGCUGCCUCCAGAUCGGUAUCAAUCUGGGAUCAGGAACGCCGAGGCGAGGGGCGGCUGUUCAAUCCGGAGCGUUCCCAGCUGGCUGGAAGACAGACGAUUGGAGAAACGAGAAGGAGGUGGCGGGGGCGCAAGUGGGGAUCAUCGCCAGGUCUGGUCCAGCAGGACACUAGAGUGAGCCGCCUCAAGUGCCUCUGGUUUUCGAGGGACCGGACGGGAGGGAGCAGGCUGCCGAGAGAGCUGGGAGAGAGUUUUUGUGCGAUCGCGUCCCGCUGUGUCAACAGCGCCACGAUGAUACACGCCGCGCCCAAUACUCGACGGGAGCCUGGAGGAGGCGAUGGAGGGGUCAGGGAAUGGGCAGCAAACCCAAGCGGCUGCCCCCAGAGAAAAAACCCGCUGUGGGGCCAUCGUGACAGAUCGAGGUGCUCCGGAGAGGUCUAGAGGGUCUCCCUCUCGAGCGAGAUGCGUUCGCAGCCCUCCACGGCACUGGACGGCCCCGAGGGGCUUGGGCAGCCCUCGUCCGGCUGCUCCCUGGCCGCCUUUGGCUUGAAGCGCCGCCCCAAAGGACGCUUCGCCGUCGGAGAGCAAGGAGGGCCGGAGGGCGAGGAAGGAGCCGUCCCGGAGGGCCGGGAGCAGCCGGGAAGAUUUUGCAAGGGGGGCCCGUGAGGCGGCAGUGCUGUGUGAGCAAGCUUACUUCGCGGAUACUGGGACGCAGCUCAUAGUCGAAGGUCAGUCGAAAGGCGCUCGCGUCCACCUUCAGGGUGGGGGGAAAGCGGGGAGGGGGCUCUCACCUCCACGGCCACCCCACCGGCCACCCCGUUUUCAUUAUUUCCCAUUAGAACAAGGCUGAUUCGGUCUCUUCGACGGGUGGGGCGGCGGCAGAAGAUCCAGAUGGGCAGCAAUUGGGGUGGGAAGUUUAUUUAGGUGGGGGGGGGGGAGUCAUGACAGUCCCUUCGAGCCAGAUCGGCUUUUUUCCCACCCAAGGCACAAAAUCGAAUCCUCCCCCCGCCCUAGUCACUCUGCUCCUGCCUCCUUUCUCAAUCCUGCUAAAAAAACCCCACAGAUCGCCAGCGAGGGAGCCCAGAUCCAGCCACUGUCUCAAGUCCCAGCUCUCCUUAAAAAGAAAAGGCACGUGGGAUGGGGGUUAAAAUAUCGAAAAGAGUUUCCAGUUCGCUCCAAAUGGCUGGAGUGGAGGAAUGGAUGUCUGCAUUUUCUGCCUUGCAACGGCUCUAAAUAAAUAUUUGGGGCUCGGGGCUGGGGUGGAGAUCCUAACCAUCCCCAAACAGCGACAGCCCAUCAGGGAGUGUUUAGCCAGGUCAGAGUCCAAAUGCUCGGGGCACAAAAAGUGGAUCCAGUAGAGAGAGAAAAUUCCCGGAUACAAGAAAGUUCCCUGAGCAGCACUACCACCACUCGCGGGGCGAGCGGGGGGCGGGAGCGAAGAUUGCAGUCCACUAACAAAGCCAAAGUUUACUACCUUCAUCAUGGGAGCCAAUGAAAGCUUAAGCUCCAGAACAAAUAAGCUCUUUCUCGGCAUCCACGAGGACUAGAAUCUUCAGAAAGAGAUCCAUUAGCUGGAACGGGGAAGAGAAGCCAGGUGGGAGGUAUACCUGCUGGUUUCUGUUAGUAUGGUGAGAUUUCCUCCGGAUCCUGAGAGCGGGGAUAUUGAGAGUCAGCUGAGCAAAUUGUUUCAAACCAGUAAUGCUUUAUUAUUUUAAACUUAAUUUGGUCUUAUGGGCUCCCCACAGCCAUGUGCUGCAGUUGUGAUGCACACAAUGUACACUUCUCUUCAGCCGCCCAUGAUUUACAACAUUCCUGAUAGGUUAGAGGGAAACCCAAAGAAAAAGAAAAUACUGUGGUUAAAAUAGAACUACUCAGACCAUGUGCAGUUUCACAUUUUAAACUUGCCUGUAUAGCACCACCAACAUUACAGGAAUAAAGUAGGUUUUGUUGCUGCAGCACAGCUGGCAAUAAGUACCAUUUUCCCAUAGAAAGUGAUUAUGCAGUAACAAUAAUUGUGUAUCUACAUGCACAUGCUUGGGAAGCAACCCCCUGACUUAGGCUAUGUACAUACCAUACACUUAAAGCACCCCAAAAAACGCCCCAAACAAUCCUAGGAACUGUAAUUUAAGGGUACUGUGAAUUAUACUUCCUUGAGGGGUAAACUACAGUUUCCAGGAUCUUUGGGGGGGGGGGCUUCCAAUGCAUGGUGCAUACCCAGGCUAAAAAGUCUGAUUGUCUUUAAAAUAGAGUAAGACAAUGUAUAUGUGUGUUAAAAGGCAGGCACAGCAGAAAGAAACAGAUAAUAUCACAACUGACCUCCAUGCAUAGGACUGAAGCCUAAUGCACUUGAAUUAAGAUUGCCAUUGCACCUUUUAAAUCUCCUUUUUAAACCACCUUUUUUUGUUUUGUUUCCCAAGCUGAUUAAAAUGGUAUAAUUAAUCAGCAUCAAGUCAUGUGGAGUAAGUGCUUAUCUGUGAGUUUAUUAUAGAGACUUUUAAGGCACCAAGGGUGGCCUCACUGAACAGGCACACUCAUUCCCCAGCCACCCACACCUAUCACGGGGCUGAUCGGCUUGGGCCUGCUGUUUAUUACAUGCCCUCUUGGAACAAAGAAAACAUCUUCUCCCUUUGCAGAUGAAAAUUGUCAACGCUCACAGCCGACUGUCCAUCUUCUGGGUCCAGUGUGCCACAAGGACCAUGUCACACUCGUGUGUGUGGCCCAGGGCUUUCCCUAUGAAUGGCCCAUUGAUGUGAGUUGGAAGCGUGAUGCGCAAGAGGUGACUCAUCUCUCUUUCGCCACUGACCCCGUCCGCACCCUGAAUGGCACAUGCAACUUUGGGGUUUCCAGUCGCCUGAGCAUGACAGCUGCAGAGUGGCAAGAGAGGCACGUGUACUCAUGUCACGUGAGACAAGGGAACAUAACAGAGGCUGAAGAGUCGAUGGAGAGGGAGCCGAGCCAGCAGCCAGGUAAGCAAGGACUAGGGUGGAGGCAAUUACAUGUACCAGGUUGGAGAUCCUACAUAAUGGGGGAAGUAGCAAGAAGGUGCCCUCUUCCUCUUGCUGGUCAAAGGUUGAGAAUACAGGGCUGAUUAAAGGGAAAGCAGCAAACAUUUCUUCAGGAGCAGAUGGUCAAAACAGGGAUGUUUUUAUUUGCUGUUUUAGUUUUCUGAUUAAAUUUUUUUAAUUUUAUGAUGUUGCCUUAAUUUGGAUUUGUGUAUGGUCACCCUGAUGGAUAAACAAGCAAACAAAGGUGGGGAGGGAUUGGGAGACAGUUUUAUCACAACUGGAGGCUGAUUUCCCUAAGGGUUCAGCAUUUCUGCCUCUCCCAAAUAUAAUUAGAAGCGCUCCUAAAUGGUUGCGAACUUUACUGUAUGCUAGGUGUUGGUAGAAAGAAUACCUUCCCACAAGAUGCAUAGUGCCCAAGGUUAGUUCUGGAAACUGAGGCAGAAAAUCCUACAAACAACUCUCCCUGAAGUACAAACAUAACAAUAAUAAAUUAAAAAAUGAACAGUUUGCUGCCCUUUCAUGACAUCCAAAAUUAGCAGUCUGAGGCAGCUGUUCUACUCUGUCUAAUGGCAGGGCCAGGCAGCCCUAAUAUAUCCUAUUUAUUUAUCUAAAAUAUAUACCAUGUAAUUCAAUAGAGCCUUCAGGACAGUUUACAAAAACAAAUGAAGUAUCCAUAAGGUUCUAGACUUCAUUUUUGAAUGCUAGGGUGGAAACUGCAGCCAGAGUGGUGCAGGCUCUAGUUAUUUCCCGCUUGGACUACUGCAAUGUGCUCUAUGUGGGGCUACCUUUGAAGGUGAACUGGAAACUACCACUAAUCCAGAAUGCGGCAGCUAGACUGGUGACUGGGAGUGGCCAACGAGACCAUAUAACACGGUCUUGAAAGACCUACAUUGGCUCCCAGUAGGUUUCCAAGCACAAUUCAAAGUGUUGGUGCUGACCUUUAAAGCUCUAAACAGCCUCGGCCCAGUAUGCCUGAAGGAGCAUCUCCACCCCCAUCGUUCAGCCCAGACACUGAGGUCCAGCGCCAAGGGCCUUCUGGCGGUUCCCUCACUGUGAGAAGUGAAGUUACAGGGAACCAGGCAGAUGGCCUUCUUGGUUGUGGUGUCCGCCCUGUGGAACGCCCUCCCAUCAGAUGUCAAGGAAAUAAACAACUAUCAGACUUUUAGAAGACAUCUGAAGGCAGCCCUGUUUAGGGAAGCUUUUAAUGUUUGAUGUUUUAUCGUGUUUUCAGUAUUCUGUUGGGAGCUGCCCAGAGUGGCUGGAGAAACCCAGCCAGAUGGGUGGGGUAUAAAUAAUAAAUUAUUAUUAUUAUUAUUAUUAAAGGUAAAGGUAAAGGUACCCCUGCCCAUACGGGCCAGUCUUGACAGACUCUAGGGUUGUGCGCCCAUCUCACUUAAGAGGCCGAGGGCCAGCGCUGUCCGGAGACACUUCCGGUCACGUGGCCAGCGUGACAAAGCUGCAUCUGGCGAGCCAGCACAACACACGGAAACGCCGUUUACCUUCCCGCCAGUAAGCGGUCCCUAUUUAUCUACUUGCACCCGAGGGUGCUUUCGAACUGCUAGGUUGGCAGGCGCUGGGACCGAGCAACGGGAGCGCACCCCGCCGCGGGGAUUCGAACCGCCGCCCUUUCGAUCGGCAAGCCCUAGGCGCUGAGGUUUUUACCCACAGCGCCACCCGCGUCCCUUAGCGCCACCCGCAUCCCUUAUUAUCCCUUAUUAUUAUUAUUAUUAUUGAGUGUGUGCUUUAAAAAUGCCAGUCUGAAAUGUCCUUCAUGGUGAAGGUGAGUGGGCCUCUGACUCUCUCUAUUUUCUCUCACAUCAGCCUCAACUGUCUUGGAGUUUCAGAGCAGCCUUCAUACAGGGCAGCUCAUUUUCCUGCUCCUGGUGGUUAAGAGCUUUGCCUAUGGUACUGCUCUGGGAAUCUACACAGCCUGUAAGAAGAAAACAGGUACGAGACCCAUUUUACUUACUGAAAUCUGAAGGGUACAACUUCCUUGGCCACAGGGAACCAUUGUUCAUGUAUCCAGAGGCCCUGGUAACAUCCAAAGUAUAUAAUGAAAGCCCCUACCCACUUAGUUGGAACAAUUUGGCAGGAUAUAUGUAAACAGUAGGGGUGUGCAUCGGUCACAAGAUUCAGCUUGUAUCUGUAGGUUUGGGAAGCUGCCUGUUCUGUUUUGGAGCCACUCUGUGUCAUUCCAAUUUAUUAAUUAUUUGAGACCCAAAUAGAUUUGUUAAAUUUGUUUCCCACUCCCCAUCCAAUACAAUGGGGAAGUUAAAAACAGCUAUAACUUGUUUUCCUUUUUGUAGAAAUGGAUAAAGUUUUCAGGCAUAGAGGCCCCUCCAGAGUCGAUUAAGCCUACAAAAUUGUAGGCGGGAGAAAUCCAGGUGUUUUCAUGCAGGGCAUCUUUACAUUUUGAUUUUUAAAGGGGGGGGGAACAAAGGAAAAGUAUAUUAAAAUUUCAGAUUCUACCAGAAUUAGAUGGAAAUUGCAAGCGUGGCCAUAGCUUCUAAGGGAGUAAAUAGCCUGCCAAAUUUCAGAACGAUAGCUGCAGUGGGGGAAAGAACAUGAAUUUACAGGAAAUAUUGGAGCAAAGGAAAAUGUCAUCCCAGUAAGGAUCCCAUUACCCCAAGGGUCAUUGAUGUGAGGUACACUCCCCUCCCCAAUUUUUUAGGGUAUAAUGGAGAUUUCUCUAUUAACUUGCAUUGAAGAAUUAGUAGAUCCAUGGGAACAAAACAAGCACUGUUUUUAAUCCCUCCCCAAAACCUGUCCAUCAAAACAAAAGAUCCCUCUGCCAGCUCUGCAUUCCUUCCCCUCUUGAACUCUGAGCGUUUCCCAAGCCACAGAAUGCUUCAGGAUCUGUUUUGGCUCAAGAUGCCUUGUUAAUGGUGCCAUUUAACUUGGAAAUUUGAGAACCUUCCGCACAUCGCUCUGCUUUGCUUCAUAUAUCACUGUACACACAGAGUUGAUGGUGCAUCCUGCGCUGAUGAUCAUCAUCUUGCUGGGUUACUACCUUUGAAUCCCUUUCUUUUAUAGGUCUCUGA